AUAGGCUGCAAACAUGGCAGUGGCCAUGGAAGAAGCAGGGGAUCUCGAGUUCUCUGGCUGCAACUCCAACUCCACCAUGGACGACGACAAUGGGUGCGGAUGGACGGACUGGUCGCCGGUCAUCGACUGGGGCCCUCUCUCCGCCGACGAUGAAUUCCGAGGCCUCAUUGAAUCCAUGAUGUGCGACGACAACGACAACGACGACGACGAACCCACCGGCCUCGCGCCUCACACGUCCUUUGAUCCAUACUGGAAUUCGAACCCGAGCAGCACCACCACCAGCGUCGGCACGCCGCCGGUGCAGGAGCCAAGUAACGGCGGCGCCGGCGUCGAGGACGAGAAGGGGCUUCGGCUGGUGCACCUACUGAUGGGGGCGGCGGAGGCCCUCGCGGGACCCCACGAGUGCCGGGAACUGGCUCGGGUGAUAUUGGUUCGGCUCAAUGAGUUGGUGUCGCCGGCCGGCGCCACCUGUGGCGGCGGAGGGACUACCAUGGAGCGCCUCGCGGUGCACUUCACCGACGCCCUCCAGGGCCUGCUCGACGGCUCCUCCUCCGCCGCAGCCGGCGGCGGCCGGCAGUCGGCGUCGCACCGCGACGACCACACCGGUGAUGUUCUGGCCGCAUUCCAGCUGCUCCAGGACAUGUCCCCCUACGUGAAAUUUGGCCACUUCACCGCCAACCAGGCGAUCCUGGAGGCGGUGGCGGCCGACCGGCGGGUCCACAUCGUCGACUACGACAUCGCCGAGGGCGUCCAGUGGGCGUCGCUGAUGCAGGCGUUCGUCUCCCGGGAGGACGGCCCACAGCCGCCGCACCUGCGGAUCACCGCCGUCACGCGGGGCGGCGGCGGCGGGGUGCGGGGGGUGCAGGAGACGGGACGGCGGCUGGCGGCAUUCGCAUCAUCUAUCGGGCUGCCCUUCGCAUUCGGGCAGUGCCGGCUGGACGCCGACGAGCGGUUCCGGCCGGGAGGGGUGAAGGUGGUGAAGGGCGAAGCAGUGGUCGCGAACUGCGUGCUGCAGCCGCCGCAAGGGGCGGGAACAAGGCGUGAGGCGGGGUCGGUGGCGUCGUUCCUAUCAGGGGCGGCGGCGCUGGGGGCGAGGGUGGUGGCGGUGGUGGAGGAGGAGGAGGAGGGGUUGGAGGGGGAGGGGGACUUUGUGGGGAGGUUCAUGGGGGAGCUGCACCGGUACUCGGCGGUGUGGGACUCAUUGGAUGCCGGGUUUCCGAUACAAGGGCUGGCGAGGGGGAUGGUGGAGAGGGUGAUACUGGGGCCGAGGAUCGCCGGAGCAGUGGGUAGGGCAUAUAGAGGCAUUGGAGAAGGGGGUUGGGGGGAGUGGAUGGUAGGGAGGGGGUUUGGAAGGGUUGGCAUCAGUUGUUUCAACCACUGCCAGGCGAGGCUGCUGCUGGGGCUCUUCAACGAUGGGUACCGAGUGGAGGAGGACGGGCCUAACAAGCUGGUGCUCGCUUGGAAGUCUCAGAGGCUCACCUCGGCCUCCAUUUGGUCUCCUCCUCCACCUCCUCCUCCUUUUACUGAUGUACUACUUCCUGUCCCUGCAGUUAGCAACGGCAUGGAGGAUUCUUAUUUCUUCCUGGAUUGAUUACUUUCUCCAGCUUUCUUUCUUGCAAUUUUGUUUUUGUUCUGGAUCAGUGGAUUUUCCUCACUUUUUUUUUUUUUCUGGUCACUGUUUCAUUGUAGUGAUCGGUAUUCUUGUUUAUGUUUGAUGUCUACAACUUUUGUCCUGGCAAGUGCCGAAGCGAUGGAUAGCCGGAGGGAACAAUAUAGGACAAGGAAUGAUUCAUCGUUCAGAAAGCUAGCCAUCUGAUUAGGGAGACUAGAGCACGGCAUGGUUAAUUAAUUAUGGGUAUAGAUUUUGUAAGGUAUGAGAAAGAGUGGCAAAAUAUUUGGGGUUGGAAAAGAGGAAAGA